CCGCUUCCUCCGGAAGUCGGAAGGGGCCGCUCUUUCUGCGGCGCUCGAUCUCGGCGCGGUCGCUAGCGGGUAGUCGGGAGGCCUCCGCCGAGGAGCUGGCGCGCGAAACCGGGUUGGAGGUUAUGGAUGAUAAGCCCAAUCCUGGAACCCUAAGAGAGAAUUCAGAACGUCUCUUCUCCUUUGGAGUUAUAGCAGAUAUUCAGUAUGCUGAUUUAGAAGACGGCUAUAAUUUCCAAGGAAACCGGAGGAGAUACUACCGACAUAGUCUUCUUCACUUGCAGGGUGCCAUCGAAGACUGGAAUGCGGAAAGUAGCACCCCUUGUUGUGUCCUUCAGCUCGGAGACAUCAUCGAUGGGUAUAACGCACAGUAUAAAAAAUCCGAACAGGCCCUAGAACUUGUUAUGAACGUGUUCAAAAUGCUUAAAGUCCCAGUUCAUCAUACAUGGGGAAAUCAUGAAUUCUAUAACUUCAGUAGAGACUAUUUAACGAACUCUCAACUUAACACAAAGUUUCUAGAAGACCAUAUCCUGCAUCAUCCCGAGACCGUGCCUUCUGAGAAUUAUUAUGCUUAUCAUUUUGUACCAUUCCCUAAGUUCCGGUUUAUUUUGCUCGAUGCUUAUGACUUGAGUGUCUUGGGCAUGGAUCAGUCUUCUCCAAAAUUCCAGCAGUGUAUGAAGAUAUUGAAGGAGCACAAUCCAAAUACGGAAUUGAAUAGUCCUCAAGGACUUUCUGAGCCUCAGUUUGUCCAAUUUAAUGGAGGAUUCAGCCAAGAACAGCUGAACUGGUUGAAUGAAGUUCUUACGUUCUCUGACAAAAACCAGGAAAAGGUGGUGAUCGUGAAAGGCAUGCAUGCUCACUGGAAGAGAGAAAGAAAAAGCCAUCUUCCCAUUUACCCAGAGUCCUCUGACAGCGUGUGCCUGGCCUGGAACUAUAGAGAUGCCCUCGCAGUCAUUUGGUCUCACGAGUGUGUGGUGUGUUUCUUUGCUGGUCACACUCAUGAUGGUGGCUACUCAGAGGAUCCUUUUGGGGUACACCAUGUUAACCUAGAGGGAGUUAUUGAAACAGCUCCAAACAGCCAAGCUUUUGGCACAGUUCAUGUCUAUCAAGACAAAAUGAUGUUGGAAGGGAGAGGCAGAGUUCCAGACAGGAUUAUGAAUUACAAGAAGCAAAAUACUUCCCACUUUUAGUCUGAUAUGUUUUGUUUAUUUUUGUAGAAAGAGAAUGACUUAGCUUUGUGCUUAUCCCCCCAAAAUAAAAAUAAAAAUGAAAAUCCUCA